AACAAGCUGAUUCCCUCGUCCUACUCAAUCUCCUCUCGGUUCCCGCCUGUGUGUAGGCGAGAGAUGCGGCUCUUUUCUCGGAAAUCGUUGUCGGAUUCUAUAUCUCCAUCGAAUAUACAUCCAGAUGCACACUCGGCUAAUUCUCUCGUUCGGAUUCGGAGCAGGCCAAUUAAGCCGAUCGAGCGUGAUUUCUCAUGAUCCGCGACCUAAAUAUAACUAUAUACGCGCAGGUAUACGAAAAUUUCUCUCUCGGUGCAUCCUUAUUUGACGCUCGCUGCAGCAGCCGACUCUCUCGCGAUUUUCCGGUGUCUCCUACGCUCGAUCCCUUUCUCUCUCUCCUUUCUCCUUCGCGCGCAGCUAUCGCUCCUUUAUUUUCCUUUCUACCUACAUAUAAUACGCUCUCCGUGCAACGCCCCUUUUACCCGCGCCACCACCAUCAGCGGCAGCAGAAACGAUCGCCGGGAGAAGAGAGCCGGUUACACCCGCGGCGGCACACGAUGCCAAAGACUGGAGGGGCUUUUCCACACGCUGCUCCACUCGCCGCCGUGUGUGUGCGAGCGUUUACUUCGCAAAGAUCCUCCGGCAAAGACGGCUGUACUCUCCGCGGCUUGUCUCUGUCUGUCUCUCUCUCUCUCUCUCUCUCGUCCGUGAUUGUCCGAGAGCAAAGCGACGUGUACACAGAGUGGAGAGCGAGGUGUGCUGCACUGGUGGGAGAGACGAUAACUCGAGCUUCCAAGAGGAGAGGCGAGUUAAGUCGAGCGGAGCAAGUCGCCGAGGACCAGUGCUCUCGUCGAGGCGACACGACGUGUACAUACAGAGACUCGCGCUGAGAUAUAUAGACACACGCGGGUGCAGUCGUGCUUCGAUCUUGUAUACAACGAUAGCGAUAGCUCUGUUGGACGACGCUGAUCUUUGAUAUCUCGAGAUUUUCUCGUUGGUCCGCACUCGUGUGUCCGCAUUUUUGCCCGAUCGUACAACGCGUCUCCGGAGCAGCGGGAGGAAAAGAUCGACGGGAAGAGAGGAAGUGAGGAGCCGAGGGAAGACGUUCCGCCGACACAACGGACUGGAGUGGAGCUCGCUGUUCAUGCGUUAAGCAGAAGGACAUGACGCUGAUCCUCCGCACAGUGGUGGUUCUGGCCGUACUGCUGGCACCCACGACUGCGACCCCACCGGCCGGAUACGUCAAGCAGCCCGACAAUGACAAGAAUCCACCGUCGUACCGGUACAAGUACGAGGUCGAGGACAAGACACUGGGCGACGGCCAGGGCAAGGCGGAGGCCCGCGAGGGCGAGCACGCCCGCGGUCGAUACUACGUGAAUUCCGGACGAGCUUCCACCGACGUCAAGUACAUCGCCGAUGAAUGGGGCUAUCAUCCGCUCGUCAGGUACGCGGCGGCCGACGAUCACAGCAGCGCCUCGGCGAGCUUCGCCUUCGGCGAGAAAGCCGUCAAUGAUCUGCUCAACGAGAAUAAGAACGGCCCAUCCAGCCCCGAGGGCGAACAGAGGAAGCUUUUCCAGCCCAACGUGGAGAACGAAACUUUCGACGGCCUGGCUCAGGUUUCCAUCCAGUCCGAUCCCAGCGCGAACCCCUUGAACGUUAACUACGUCGCGGGGCUGGCUCAGCUCAUCGAGCCCGUAUCGGCCGGAAAUAACGAGCUGUCCUACCCCAACGGGCACCAGUCGCCCACGAUACAGCAGCAGGAUAACAAGCUGAGCUUUGAGGACGAGCAGCUGGUCAUCGAGAACGUCGGGAGCUACGGUCAGCGAGCCGUGGAUCAGCUCUAUAGCACGACGACGACGAGUCCGCCGACGAGCACUCGAGCCGGCCGCUAUUUCCACGGGCGAACGCGCCAGAAGACCUCCAAGACCUACCUGCCCGACAUAAUACCCGGCUUGAGUGCCUAUUCUUCCAGCGCCUUCCCGCCCGUGCAGGAUAAUAGCGUCGGCGGCGGCGUCGAGACCGAUCAGAGCGGCGACGUUCCCGCCACGACGGCCAGUCCACUCCUGAUCAAUUACGGCGCCCCGCAGGCCGUGCUCUCGAGCAAGACGGCCCAGGAGCUCGUCGCGACCAUCGAGAAGCAGCGCGCCUCCUUCGCCAAACCCAUUGUCGUGCAGGAGGUGCAGAGCCCCGAGCAGAGGCCUUUCCAGUACAGCACGACCUUCGAGUGCGAGGACGACGAGCAGCCGAUCACGGCCAAUCCGCUGCAGGCCUCGGACUCGGCUUCCUCUCACAUACUCAACCCCAUCCAGGCGGGAGUGGCUCUCGUCAACGCGGGCGAGGCCCAUCUCAUCGGCGACAGCGAGGGCCCUCCGCCGGCGCCCGUCAACGAGCACAUCGAGGAAGACGCUCCUCCAAAUGGAAACCAGGGCCAGAUCGUCAACAACGGCAUCGUCGCGCAGCAGUCGGCCGGCAAUUACGUCGGUGUCAACCCGGCCUUCGGUGGCGUGCACGACGAGGCCAGAGCCAGCUCGACGACGCCUCAGCCGCAGCUUCAAUCGUCGGCGGCGCCGAGUCAGAUCCAGAGACAGGACCAGGCAGUGGAGGUCCAGAAGUCCAUCGAGAUCUACAGCAGCUCACCGGCCGGUAGCCAGGAGCUUCAGCUGAAGGAGCAACAGCAGCAGCCGGCGACAAUCGACCAGCAGCAGUACCUGACGAACCUCGCGGAGAUCGGCGCCAAGCAGGGCUCGACUCGGACGCGCAGCGAGACCUUCACUAAGCUCUACGAGAUCGGCGACAGCUACCCCAAGGACUCGUCGGCCGACAAGCCGGUCUACGUGGUACCGCCCGGCACCUACGUGCUCGAGGACAGCUCCGUGCUGAGGAACAGCCUGCUGCAGGAGAAAAUACACCAGCACGAUAGCGGGAUCAAGAUGCAGCGACAGCCCUACCGGCCGUUCGAGAAGAAGAAGAUACCAAUCUCCCACCCGUACCCGAUCCCCGUGCUGCCGGUGCCGAUACCGAUCGAGAAGGUAAUCGAGCGCAAGGUGCCGGUACCGGUGCACAUCCCCAUCCCUCAUCCCUACCCGGUGGAGAAGCCCGUGCACAUUCCCGUGCCGAUCGAGAAGAUCGUGGAGAAGCCGGUGCACAUCCCCAUCCCCGUGGAGAAGAUAAUCGAGAAGAAGAUACCGGUCUCGCAGCCCUACCCGAUCGAGGUGACCAAGUACAUCGAGAAGCCGGUCAUCGUACACGCCCCCUACGGAGUCCAGUACGGCGUGAGCUACCAGCAGAUAAUGAAGCCGCAGAACUACGGACUCUACGGCGGCAACAACAACUUGGCUCUGGCCACUUUCGGCCUGCACAACUACGUGAACAAGAACGAGCCGAUCGCCAACAGUCUGAACCACAGCCAAGCAUUCCAGGGCUACGUCUACGACAAGCCGGCCAUACCGUUCCACGAGGGCAAGGAGAGCCUCGAGUACGAGAAGCUGCCCUACAACUCGUACAUCCCGGUCUCGUACCAGUCGCCGGGCGCCAACAGCCUCUUCCACAGGCGACACACGCAGCCCCAGCGCGACGACUACUCCGGCCCCGUGCCGCCGCUCCAGCACGUGCAGCGUCAGUUCGGCUUCCAGUCGAAGCAGUCUUACGGAUCGUAUCCCGAGAGGCCGCAGCUGCAGACGGGCUCGCGCAAGUCGCGGAAUCACGAGCCUCCCCAGAGAUUCCAGAAGGGAAACUUCCGCCAGUCGAAGAUCGAGUACGGCUUCAAGCCGCCGAUGGUGCCGUCCGUGCAGUACGACGAGGAAACGGCCUCCAAGGUCGAGAGCUGAGCUCGCUGUCCGUUGUACGGGAUUUUUGUAUAGAAAAACAGGGGUCGUUCCGCUACCCCGUCGAAUGUAGAGCGAAAGGAAGGAUCGUAGAGUAUCUUUGUAAAUUGUAUUUAAGUCGUACUUUUUAAGAGUAGUGUCGUCCGCAAGAGGAUGUGAAAUGCGGACGCGCUUUCGCGGGAGCUGAUCGCGAGUCGGCACUUCACUUCCCCUUGUGAUUAUUUAAUUCUCAUUUUUUUACUCUCCUAUAACUAGUAAUUCUGUGCAAGUAUAAUAAGAAUUCGCGUGACCUACGCUCGGUCGCGAAGAUUUUCCAAUAAUAAAGUACUGUGUACAUUUGUGUAUCGUCUGUAUGAAAAAAGAAAGAAGAAACUCGAUGAAAAAAAA